UUUUGCUCCGAUCGCUCGAGUGUCCAUGCAGCGCCGCUGACCGUGCCACUCCACGCACCAUCGCUCACCCUGCUGCUCGCGUCAGCUCGUGCUCAAUGCGCUCAUGCGCUCGCUCUGCGCUCACACCGCCACGCGCGCCUUGUGGAUCGGCGUGCCACUGCGAUCAUCACAGCCGCUCGCGGAAGCGGAGUUGCACAAGCGCGCAGAGGCUGCCCGCCUCCACGUGGCAGCCAAGGCCCUGCACAUCUGCGAUGCAUUGCUGGGAGAGAGCGCACGUACGGAUGCAGCGGGCGAAGACGAAGAGAAGGCGCAGAGAGCCGUGAAGCGGCAGAAGAUCGCAGAGGAAUACGACCCGCUGGAUAGGCUUGGCAUCGAGACGUGCACCAAUGUCGACGGAAUCAUCGAGCUGGUCGACGCUCUCUUGACAUCGCCGCCAGCGCUGCCUGCUGAUCCACUCAAAGCAGCAGCCUACUCGCAAUCAUCCUCGCUGCCCAUCCAGGCAAUUGUCAUCGACCAGGUCCAGCGACUGUUCAACGACGAGGAGGCCCUGCAGCUCCUGCCUGGCAUGACCAAGACGAGUGUGCAGGCGGAUCUUCAGCAUCUCUGCCGACACAUGGUCCGCGUCGCGAGGACUGCGAGCGUCCGCGUAUAUCUCAUCAACAGCGCACUCGCCUCGCUGCCGUACAACCCGCUCUCGAGCUUCGGAAACAACAAGAACUGUCCGAGCCUAGGCGCCUCGUUCUCCCACAUGCUCGACGCCUCGCUGUGGGUGUCGCGCGGCAACGCGGUCUUCACACACGUCUCGCCAUCCUCCGCAUCCGCAUUCGCAGCUGCGCAUCUCGCUACCAGCGCCGGCGUCUCCAAGUGCGGCGCUGAAGCGUUCGAGCACGAGGUGCGCGCUGCUGCUGCCUCUGCUGCAGCACCGCUGCGCUCCGGCAGCGACGCAGCAACAGAUGCGAGCGAGGCCGAGUGCCAAUUGGUCAGCGCCAUCGCCGAGCAGGGCCCCGGUAUGCGCACGCACAUCCUCGAGGUGCUCGAGUCCAGUAGAGGAGGCAAAGGCCGCUGGACGACGUACUCGUCCGAUGGAACGCGCUUGUUGGACUCACCUGCUCUUUUAUGACACUCGCAAGCAUGAGCCCUCCCCAUGGCGAAAAGGAACGCCCACGAAUACUUAACUGUAGCAUAGCAUAGGUCACCACAAAGUCUUAAAAGAGGAACACUCAAGAAGGCUGCUUCAUUGAGAGUGCAUAAUAUCAUCCUUACAGGCGCUCAAUGGAAUCUCAUAG